AUGGGUCGUCUAAAUAAAAUUACUAAAUCCUGCAAAAAUGCUCGUCUUGCCAAAUCAUCUAGAACUUGUAAACCAUUAGUCCUAAUUGAUACUAACUCUAUUAUUGUAGAUAUCUCUAUUCCUAAUCAAAAUCUUAAAGAUCAAACCAUGCUAGAUCAAACAAUACUAGAUCCUAAUAACAACACAAUUGAUUUUUCUUGCACUCCCAAGUUAUCAUUCUUUGACCUUAAUAUGUCCUCCUUAGAAAAUGGCUCAGAAUCAUCUACUUUUUUGUCUAUAGAUAAUAUUUCAGAAUCAUUGGACACUGGCACCAGGAAUUCAAUUGAGUUUUCAGAUCCUCUUGAUGUACAAACAGAAUAUCAAAAUUCAAUAAAAAACUUUU